AGGGACUAGUUGACCCGUACUGUUGUGUACGUAUGGUCUAAAGAAAUACGUGGCACAAAUUUCCGUUACACGCACCUGUAUUAAACGUGUAGAACACAUUCAGAGAUGACUCAUGUCAUUGUAUCUCACAAGUUAUAUAAAGGCACUGGGAGAAGACACUACUUUCAUCGUAAGGAACCUAAGGAACGUGUCGUGAUCAUACUUUGAAGAGAGCUCGAAAUGAACAACUCUGGAUAGCCUCGACAGCGGAUGGACGUGAUGAAGUAGUUAUUCCGAUAGACGUAACAUUACCUGCACUCAUACUACCUGUUACCCGUGACCUUAUCAACGAAAAACAUGGCUAGUGGAUUUUCAGAGGAUGACUUCGUGUAUUCCAAAUAUUUAAAGUGUGUGUUAGUUUUUGGGUGUCAAGUAGUGCAAGAUGUAGUUCGUGGAAUAUAUUCCAGAAGGAGCAUGAGAACGAGAAAUGGAACGAUGCCUGUAAGGCAUUUCAAUAUGCGUGCUAAUGUUGAUCCUUAUUUUGCGGACAUGUCUCACUUCUUAGAUAGUAACUUAAUGGAGGAAAGUUUCGAUAUUAGCUUUGGCUAUAAACUUUUGACUGAAAAAAGUAUCUGUGGUGAAAUGUUUCUAACAUUCAGCGAAGAGAGCCAAAAACAAAUGAAUUACAUCGUUGGCCAGAGGAACAAAAUAUGCCAUACGUAUGGUGAAAUUUCUGAUUUUGAGGUUAAGGUAACGAAACUGAAAACCUACAUAACAGAUAUUUACAAAGAGGCUAAUCAAAAGUUAAGUAUCGAUUUUGAUAGUAAUUGUAAAGAUUUAGUAGAAAAAAUAGAUGAGACAGUGAAAGCCAAAAAAACAGACCCUUUAGGGAUAAAUUGCUUAGAUUGUUUAGAAAAGUUUAUGGAUAGUUUGAGGUUCAAAAUGCUGAACAGGGGCAAAGUUGAGCUUUUUGAGUAUUAUGAGACACUCAAAAUUCUGAGCCCAUGCACAUGGAUUGAUGAUGAAGAUGAUCGUGCAAAGAGAUUUGAUAUAGAGAAAAUAUUCACCCCUCCAAAAAUAUGGCAGCACAGGACCAAGAUAAACAUUGGUAUAAAAGACCUGCUGACAUUCAAGAAAGCAGUCCCCAAAAUCCUGUUGAUCAAAGGGUUAGCAGGUUCUGGCAAAACUUCCUUGUGUCGUUAUUUGGUUCAUUGCUGGUAUAAGAAAAUAGGAGCCAUCGAUUUACUGAAGGAUUUUGACUUGGUGAUUUUAAUAGAAAUCAGACGAUCCAGUUCGGUGACCCUGUUAGAAUACCUAUGUGAAGAACUAUUGAGUGACACUUGCUUUGAAUUUCAACCCAAAGAUGUCAUACCUUUAAUGCAAGAAAUGGAUCUUUUGUUUAUCAUUGAUGGCUAUGACGAAGAUUCAACCAAAGCAGGAGCCUUGCUGGAAGACAUCCUCAAUCAUUUCCACGAUAAACGCAUAUUGGUGACAUCAAGGUUAAGUUAUGAAAAUGAAAUUAGAGCCAUUUCAGAGGAAUUUCUGCAACCGCCACUUAUAUUAACACUGGAAGGGUUUGAGGAGUCUGAGCAGAAGGCCUUCGCUGAGAAGGUUUUCAAGGCAGAUGACUCAAAUGGUGACGGAUUUCUGAUGUAUCUCAAUGGCCGAGGAAGAGUUCUGAAUAAACAUUUAAAGCUUCCCUUGACAAUAUCCCUUCUUAUUGUUCUCUGGAUAGAAAAGCCGGAAGUUGUUAAUAAAGUAACAACAGCAACAAAUUUAUAUCAUGAAAUAUUUACCCUUUAUCAGGAAAAGCUGACAGAACGCCUGAUUACAAAUCUUAAAGGCCGACGGGGGGAAGAACUGAAAAGGAAAAUCCCAAGUCUGCUCUUAAUGUUGGGUGAUCAGGCCUGGUUUCUCCUGACACAGGGAAAUGGCUGCUGCGACCUUAGCAGUGUUUUGAGAGAGAAAUUGGAAGGAAAGUGCAAUGAAAAAGGAAUUGAUCCUACAGAAUUUUUAUCAGCUUUUCUCAUGUGUGAAAUUCAUGAUUCAAACCCUAAAAAGAAUAAUUCUGCGAAACUGGGCGGCAAGUACUGUUAUUCCUUUAUACACAGAACCCAAAUGGAGUAUCUCGCAGCAGACUUCUUGGCUGAGUCAUGUAAAAAGGAUUCUUCAACAUUGCUCAGAUUGAAUCAAGAAGUGUCCGACUGGAGAAAACACAGUGAAGUAUUGGUAUAUCUUAUUGGGAACUUGGCCAAGAAAAAUAUCUUGAAAGGCAAAGAGUCAGAAUUCCUGAAAUUAACUGAACAAACGGAGAAUGGAUCCACAGAUUUUUGCUACUGGUGGAAAAUAAUCUCUGAAAGUCGUAUAAUAGCAGAUAUUCCUGAUUCUCCAGGUAAACCUAUACUCUACAGGAAAAUUGAACAUCCAUAUGUCGCACAAACAAUAUAUGACAGACAUCUCUCAAACAAUAGUGAAUGGCAUCUAAAUAAUGAAGACGUGGCAGCUGGGUUAAGAUUAAUGAGCCUUGUUAACCCUUAUUGCCUAUCAGCUACUGCCUUAGUCAUUGAUAUACCACAUGGCAUUGACCCUGUGAAUAUUCCAGACUUUUAUGAUGCUUUAAGUGCAGUAGAAUUUCACUGGCGACAAAAGAAACAGAAGAAGAAAGUCAAAGUUGCAUUACAUUUCCAUGACCAUGACAAUUCAAGCAACACUGAGAGCACAUCUGACCGAUAUUUGUUAUUACUGAACAACUGGGCUGAAUUACAGAAUUUCAGUGGAAGCCUAAAAGAAGCCACAUCCUUUUUCAGCGAAGGUUACAUGAAGACCUUGCGAUGUUUGGUUACAACACCUGAUGUCCUGCGAUCUUUUGAAAAUCUUCCAAACUCUGUUAGGAAUUUGCGGCUAACUCUUGGAUUUCCUCCAGACUCGUGUACUCCUGAAGAUCUGAAGGAAAUAGACUUCCGUGGAGAACUGGAACUAUUUAUACCUUACAUGCAUGAUGAAUACUUGAACUGGUUAAUAAAAGUUGUCCGGAAACUUUCAAAUGGUGAUUUAAAAAAACUGCACUUGGAGCAUAGCAGCCUGACUCACAAAGCCUCAUGCAUCUAGUGAAAAGUAUGAAUGGGAUUUUGAAAACCACCCUGUAUGUCACUGAGCCGAAUUUCGACAAUGAAAAACAGAGAGCAAAGAUAGAGGAGAAGGCACGCUUUUUAAUAGACUGGAAGGAAUAAUAGUAAUUUUGCUUGUAUUUAUCAGUAUUUCAGUGAAUUUCAAUUAUGCAUACGUCCAUAAAACAUAUUAAAUUGAAAAGUGAGCGUCCUGAAACAUUGGAAAAUUAGAUGCGAACAAGACUUGAAUGGAGAAAAGGUGACAUCUGUCAGUAAAGGAAAGAGCGCAGAGUUCAACCCUUUUGUAUUGGUCUGUGAUAUUAUGUCUUAGUCCUUCAACAAAUUCUUUUCAAUGUCCAGUUUUAUGUGAACUGAACAAUUUACUGGGCAGUCAACUUUGUGAACUUAUUCCACUAUUUUUACUUAACUGGGAAACUGUCAACUGACUGUACCUACAUUUAUGUGAACUCUGGCGAGAAACGUUUUUCAACCACCAGGAUUAUCACAAGUCAAGGAAGAAAAGUGAUAAUGAUGAUUUUGAUUGUACUCAUGUUUUCUUCAAGAUUUUGAAAUAUAUUUACUUUAUUUAUAUAUAUGAACUAUCAGCCUUUGUAAACGUUAAGCUAAUUGUGUGGCGUAUUUUAAGGAGCAAUCAAAUCUAAUGGGAUUUUUUUCCAUCAGAUCAAUUUAAUCAAAUUAAACUUCAGGGUAUACGAUGAAUUGUGCACCUUUUAUGGAAAUGAUCUCCAUUUUAUAAUUGCAUCACAUGGAAGCACAGAAAAAUUUAAAUUCGGGUAAAUGGCUCAGUCACAUUGCCAAAUACCCAGCCAAAAGAGAGAGGCGUACCAUUUAAAUGUGGUGAACCUAGUUCACCUCAGGAAUGAACAUCUGUUUCUUUAUCUGGUUCUUCAUUGGCAAAAUUUUGCCCCAAAAAGGUGUUGUGUUGCUGUGCUUAACCAUUUUCAUAUUCCGCCAAUUUACAUAAAUAUUUGAGUGUCAUCUUUGGUUUGAAGGUAUUUUAAAUUUCAGAAUUUAUUUUAGUUCUGUAUUUCAUACACAUUAUGUACACACUUGUAUAUCAUAUCAAAAUGCUUUUCUGAAAACUAGACAUGACUUAUUUAGGUUAAUAAUUAUACUCUACUUUUUUUUAAUGCAUAUUUCUGUGAAAUAGUUUCGUUUUAAUGUGAUGAAUUGACACUCCUUUGGUAAUAAUGUCGGUCUGCAGUCUUGCUUAGUCCAUGAACAAGAUGGGGGUGGUGCAGAUGCUGAAUGAGACUAGGAUUGUGCAGAAAAUCGGCAGAGCGCACUUCUCUGAUCUUCAAUAGCAAUCUACCAUUAUUCUUUCAACAUUUUUAUUUUCAGGUUCACACUAACGGUCCCAGAGUAUAAUUGAUCUUCAUACUAUAUUAUUAUUAUUACACAGCUCUUUCGCAUGUACCACUGAUGCAUUUAGUGUAGUGAAAAUUUAGCAUUUUAGUAGUCAGCUUGAUAUGAAACUUGGGGCUUUUAUCAUCAAUAUUAUUGUUGUUUCUUUAUAAACAUUUGGGAGCUCUGUUGUCAUUGCGUACAAUAAUGUAUUUGUAAUAUUCAUCUGUGAACUCUAACCUUGUUUGACUUUGAAAACAUCAAAUAAAGAGUAGAGAAGUUUUGAAACUAAAACCAUGCCGCUGUUUCGGUUUCUUUAUGGUCAUAUCCUCAGCUGUAUGUUUAUGAAUGUGUGUGUAUUUUUGGGUUUAUAUUAUUAUUUAAAAAUUUUCUGCUCAACUUUAAAACUAAGAAAUGAUCUCAAGUAAAUAACUUGGAAACUUUUAAUACUGUAUACGCCUUGCUAAUGUUAGAAAUUUGGUCAAUAAAAGAAUACCGAUAGAA